AUGGACGAUACAAAGUCGAGCGCAGUCACCACAUUGUCCAGCGCAUUGGCGGUUUUGGGCGCACUUGGAUGUGAUGCCAUGACGCCCGUGAUGCUGACACAGUGCCUUUGUCAAGACUCGUUUGGCGCCGUCUCGCUGGCCACAGCGUUGGUUGAUGGGGUGUGCCAGCCCGUGGCGGGCCCUACGUUCAAAUUAGGAGCGAUGUUGAUUGUGCAUACGGCAUGUGCGUUCUCUGGCAGGAUCAACGACUGGGACGAAUGUGCAGGCGUUCCUCCUUUGAGAAAUGCAAGAGCGCAAUGCUUCUCCAUCUCUGACGGGUGGAUAAAGCAGAUGGGUAGCCAUGUUUUCGCGGCAGUUCAGGAUCGCGCGACAGCUGUAGUAUAUGCUCUAAAGCCCCAGGAUGCCGUAUAUCACCACUACAUCCAUAUGUCGGUUUCACCACAGGAAGGCGGAUACACGAGCACUUAUACUAGUAUUGUGCGAUGGUUGGCUUCGUGUUGGCCAUUGAUCGCUUUAGCGGCUAUGAUAUGGGUCGACAUGCAGAUGUGGGCAUGGAUUGUGCUGCUCGGCUGGCUUGGCUGGUUCUUAGUAGUGCUCAGUGCUGGGCCUCCUGUCCAAUCUGGACACCAGUGCGACGACAGCUGUGUAAAGCGAGUGUAUCUGAUGAACGACCAAGCCGUCACGAAAAGUCUAGUUGAGUACACCGUGUGCCUGGAGUUUGAUGAUCUAGCACGUCGAGCGAUGCCGAAGCGCCGUGCACGCAGCAGGGUCUUGCGUGUGGUUGGAGGCCUCUUGAUGACUAUACAUUUUCCUCUCGGGCUUGUGGCAACGUGCUAUGACGACAGUACAGGAGCGUUGGUGUGGUGGAGUGCGAUAUCCAGUCUUUUGAGAGAUGGCAAGCUGUGCUUGAUUGCGUUGACAGAAACCAUUGGUCCCACAUAA